UCUCCUGUCCCUGGGCUUCAGCUUUGUCUGGAGUGGUGCAUUGUGGGAAACUCCCAAGUUCUUUAUCCCCGCCCCCAUCCUCCUCACCUUCCUCCUCCUCCAGUCCCUCCCAGCUCUUUGCAGACAAGGGCAGCACAGGGAGGUGGAGGCAGGAGAGGAGCAGCUCGGUCCCUGCUGCCCCUGCCCGGCGGAUUCCUGAUUCCGGCCAUGCCCAGGGACCCUCUCCACUGAGCCGCAGCUGCCCUCCUCCAGACCUGCCCCUGCAGCCCAGCCGAAGUCUGCUCAGGGCCGCCAGGCUCGCCCAGCCCAACAUGGAGGCCAAAGGGAGACCUAGCAGCGGCCCCAAGGCCGAGCCCAAGCCCUCCUCGGCCCCCGCCGCGCCCCCGGCCAAGGCUGAGAAGAAGGAGGCUCCGGAAAAGCGGGAGCAGCCGCCCACGCCCCCAGCGCCCCCCAAGAAGGCCCAGGCGCCUGCUGACCCAGCUCUGCUCAACAGCCACAGCAACCUGAAGCCCAGCCCCGGAGCCCCCGCAGCCCCCAGUGUGCCGGCUGCCUCAGAGCCCAAGGGCCCCGGGGAUGGCGCUGAGGAAGAGGGCGCCGCCGCAGCCCCCGGGGGCCCCGGCACCUUUGAGAACCUGAAGCCGCUGCUCAUGGCUGGCGGGGUGGCUGUGGCUGCCUUGGCAGUGAUUCUGGGGGUGGCUUUCUUGGCUCGGAAAAAAUAGUGAGUGCUGCCAGGGGAGGGGGGCGGGGGAAGAGGGCACCCAGGGGCCAGAGCAGCCUCCUGUCCGGCUCCUUCGGAAAUCCGUGCAUGCGUGGGGAGAUUCUCUAUUGUAACUAGGCACCUAAUCAUAUUAUAUAUAUAUACACACAUACCUCUAGAGACACACACUGGCUGCCUGGUGAGGCGGGCAGAAAAGGACCCGAUCCAGGGUGCCCUUCCCAGGCCCCUCCUCCCCACCCCCACCCCAGGGCCUGCAAGGCAGGGAGGGGCCUACUUUGUGGGAAGGAAGAAGGGAAUUCUGCCUGGUUCUGGGUCAGCACCCAGAGCCCGAAGGGGUGCUGGUCAGAGGGGAGGCAGGCCUAGUCUGGACCAGAUGCCCACAGGACAAGGGCUGCUCAUCCCUGCCCAGGAGGCCGUCAGAUCAAGGCUACUGUGCUGUGGCUGCACCCUGCCAGGUGUCAUCAUGGAGACCAGCUGAUCCUGGCAGAGGGUGGCCAAAAGGAUGCCAGAGGGAUGUCACGGCCCAGUCUGACAACAGGCAGGAAUAGCAACGCUUGGAACAUCCUUCAGCUGCCCGUAGCCCAUGCCAGUCUAGAGGGACUGGAGGACCUUCUGCCCCUGUGGCAGGUGGGAGAGAGUGACAACUGGCCUGUCCACAGGGUUGUGGGCACAGUCAUGCUGAGUCUGUAGAACUUUCAAGGGUGUGUGUGCGUGUGUGAGUGUGUCUGUGUGUGAGUGUGGUUCUAUGUCUGUGUCUGUGUGUGAGUGUGGUUCUGUGUCUGUGUCUGUGUGUGAGUGUGGUUCUGUGUCUGUGUGUGAGUGUGGUUCUGUGUCUGUGUGUGUGUGGUUCCGUGUCUGUGUGUGUGUAUGAGUGUGUCUGUGUGUGAAUGUGGUUCUAUGUCUGUGUGCAUGUGUGUGUGUCUGUGUGUGAGUGUGGUUCUGUGUCUCAGUGUGUCUGUGUCUCUGUGUCUGUGUGCGUGUGUGAGUGUGUCUGUGUGUGAGUGUGGUUCUGUGUCUGUGUCUGUGUGUGAGUGUGGUUCUGUGUCUGUGUGUGAGUGUGGUUCUGUGUCUGUGUGUGUGUGGUUCUGUGUCUGUGUGUCUGUGUGUGAGUGUGGUUCUGUGUCUCAGUGUGUCUGUGUCUCUGUGUCUGUGUGUGAGUGUGGUUCUGUGUCUGUGUGCAUGUGUGUGUGUCUGUGUGUGAGUAUGGUUCUGUGUCUGUGUGUCUGUGGUUCUGUGUCUGUGUGCAUGUGUGUGUGGUUCCGUGUCUGUGUGUGUGUAUGAGUGUGUCUGUGUGUGAAUGUGGUUCUAUGUCUGUGUGCAUGUGUGUGUGUCUGUGUGUGAGUGUGGUUCUGUGUCUCAGUGUGUCUGUGUCUCUGUUUGUGUCUGUGUGCGUGUGUGAGUGUGUCUGUGUGUGAGUGUGGUUCUGUGUCUGUGUCUGUGUGUGAGUGUGGUUCUGUGUCUGUGUGGUUCUGUGUCUGUGUGUGUGUGGUUCUGUGUCUGUGUGUCUGUGUGUGAGUGUGGUUCUGUGUCUCAGUGUGUCUGUGUCUCUGUGUCUGUGUGUGAGUGUGGUUCUGUGUCUGUGUGCAUGUGUGUGUGUCUGUGUGUGAGUAUGGUUCUGUGUCUGUGUGUCUGUGGUUCUGUGUCUGUGUGUCUGUGGUUCUGUGUCUGUGUGUCUGUGUGUGAGUGUGGUUCUGUGUCUGUGUGCAUGUGUCUCAGUGUGUGUGUGUGUGAGUGUGUGUGUGGUUCUGUGUGUUUCUGUGUGUGUCUGUAGUGUGAGUGUGUCUCUGUGUGUCUUGAGUGUCUCUAUAUGUGUGUCUCAGUGUGUCUGAGUGUGUGUUUGUGUGUCUCAGUGUGUGUGUGUGAGUGUGAGUGUGUCUGUGUGGUUCUGUGUGUGUCUCAGUGUGUCUGAGUGUGUGUUUGUGUGUGCGUGCACCCGCGUGCUGUCCUACCCUGGAGAAGCGCUAAUGGCCACCCGGGUGGCCUGGAGCUGCCCUUUGUCCCUCGCUCCCCUCGUCCCUGUCCUCCUUUCCCUUCAGGGCGGAGCCUGGGGGGCCGGAAGGGCGCAGCCAGGCCUGGGGUUCCGGGGUGCCACCUUUCUUCCAGGACUUCUCUGCGGUGGGAGAGACUAGAGAGAGUCCCCCGGAGCUGGCACGGAGGGCAGCCAGCACUGGGGGGGGCCAGAGUGGCCAAGCAGCAGCGCCCAGCCGGCUAAGGCUGCCGUCAGAAGGGGGAGGCGGCCCCCCCUUCACCCCAGGGGGAAUCUGCCCUCCGCUUGUCCCUCAGCCCCGGCCUUCCGGGCCCUUCCCUUCCCUUCCCCAAGCUGCAGAGUCCGCAGAGAGCCCCCUCCCCCCGCCCGGGAGCCAGCGUUUGCGCGGAUCGGGGGCGGGGCCAGGAGACAAUGAGGCAUCGGCCCCCUCCCCCUCCCCAACCAGCGGGGAGCUGUCCGAGGGUCUGAAGGGGCGGGGCCUGUAUACCUCGGACAGCGCCCGCCAGGGCGGCCUCCCAGCUCCGGCCCCGCCCCCUCGGCCGCCCCAGGAGGAGAGAGUCCGCCCCGCCCCUCAGUCGCCCCCCUUUACUUUGACGUUAAACAAGCGUAUCCAUGCAAUAAUGCCGAUAGACUAGAAAUACUAGAUUGAAAUCUGAGGUAGCCUAGAGCUGCUGCUUCGCCCCGCCCCCUCCCGCCCCGGCCCCUCCCCCGCCCCUGCGGAAUCUAGUAUUAGCUUCACCCCCCUGGUGUGUGUGUCCGUGUGCGUGUCCGCGUCUCUGUCCGUGUGUGUGUGUCUGAGCGGUGCUGGGCGCCGGGGCGCAGGGCGGCGGAUGGGGCCCGGACCCACCCUUUGGCCAGCUGGGAGGCAGCCGCUGAGUUGGUCUGAAAUAAACGCUCUAUAUUGUCUA